UUGGCACACCCCUUUUGUUUUUCCAAAUCUCCUCAGACGUUUCAAGCUCGCUGUGGCGCCGUGACAGGGCCGUGAAUGGAGGGAUGGAGUUCAGCGCGGGGUUUCUCCUUUUGGAGCUCUUUCGUAUCAAGUCAUGCCGGACAGGGGUAAGGCAUCUCCCACCGACUUCAGAAGCCAGCCACAGUCAACGGGAGGCAGUCAAGUGGCUGCAGCCCAGGUUCCGAAUAUUCGGCGGCGCGGUGGUCACUGUUCGUCAUUCAUCUCUUCUUUUUCUACUUCAUCAAUUUUGCCGGUUUGAUAGCGACCUCCAGCCACCAUGAGGCACCUCUUCUUCCAGUCUUUUCUCCAGCUUGCUGUGUUCGUUGUGGUUACCUCCUCUGCAACAGUAUAUAUCACUGAUCUCGCAGUCUUCUCUGCCCUUGCACCUUGCGCAGGGUCCGCUGUAUCUGCCGUCGUUCAAGGCCUCACACAGAAAUCAUGUGCGCCCUCAGUCACGGCUCUAGAGUCGUGCGCCUGCACGCAAGAUCAGAACUCCGCAGCUGUCAUUGGCAGCAUAUCUACAUAUGUCCUUCAUUAUUGUGGGAGUACGGCCGCGGAGGACGUGACCAGUGCAGAUAAAGUCUUCGAUGCAUAUUGCAAUCAGGCAACUCCAGCUGCGGUUCCAACAGGAGGUCCAGUUACACAGUAUAUCACUGAUCUUCCGGCGUAUUCAGAAUUGGGAGGAUGUGCUCAAUCAGCGUUAUCCUAUGCUGUCCAAUCUCUGACCGAUACUAAUUGCCCACCUGCGGCUUCUUUUCUUGCAAGUUGUGCUUGCAACAAAGACCAAAAUGCCCUUUUCAUCAGCGAACAAAUUAAUACUUAUAUUGGUCAUUAUUGCGGCACAACGCAUACAGCGGACACCACCUCGGCUCAAGCAGUUUUCGCAGGCUACUGUGGGAUGGAAGCAGGAACAACUGCUUUCCCUAGUCCGUCAUACCUCCCCGGAGACGUGACAUACUACAUCACCGACCUUCCUCAAUACUCUUCACUCGCAACAUGUGCCCAAUUCGCAAUAUCAUAUCCAGUCAUGUCACUCGGAGAUUCCCUUGGCGAUUGCCCUUCUGCUCCAUUAGGAUUUGUUUCUUGCGCCUGUAUCAAAGACCAGAACUCCCAAGCAUUAACGAGUGCAAUCAUCAGCGAGGCCAAGGUGGAGUGUGGUACAACUGCCAGUGAAGCCGUGUCCAGCGCCUUGGGAGUCUUUGAAUACUACUGCAGUGCAGGGAAAGGGCUGGUCACCCCCAAAGGAAUCACGGCAUCAGUGACAACAAACCUCUACGGCGGAAGCUACACAGGAUUGUCCGGCAUCUUCCCAACCAAUACCGGCGGACUCACUGACCCAUACCUCCCGAAGCCCAAGCACAUUCCCAUGGCCGCCAUAAUAGGCGGCGCUGUUGGGCUUGUGAUAAUUGUGAUCUUCAUACUCGUUGUGGGCUGGCGUUAUCGUCGCAGGAGGGUACCCAAGCAACCUCCACUUCCUGCCCCCCAAUACAACGCCAACGCGAACAAUAACAAUGAAUUCGAUAAAGCGGAGUUGGCGGGCACGAGUACUUAUACGGCGAACAAUCUGAGCAAGAAUCUGAGUGUGGUGAGAAAGCCCUCGCCGGGUAUGGGUGUAGUGAGUCCUGUUUCGCCCUUGGAUGAGAAGGAACGUCCUGCAUUGGCUGGCCAGUUGGAGAUGGAGGCGCAAAGUGCGGUCUUACUGGGGACGACGGAAAUGGAUGCACACAAUACAGCUGUAGCUCAUGGCCAGCCGUAUAUGCAUGAAUUGCAUCCUGAGCAUGCGAGGUACGAGGUUUCCGGGCAUCCGCAUGCUCACGAAUUGGCGGAUGCUGCGCCGAGAUAUGAGGUUCAGGGGUCGAAUCAACAUCCUGUUGAGGUCGCUGGGCUGAGUGCAAAUAUGAAUUCGGGGCCACAUUAUGAGUUAGGAAAUUAUCGGUAGCGUGGUUAGACUGGAUAAUUUCUGGUUAUAUAUCCUGUGCUCUCCUUUAGCAGGCUGUAAUGGUCUGUUGAUCUGGCGUUUGGAUCUGGAGUUUGGGAAAACCUGGGUAGCAUUCUGGUGUAUGGAAUGAGAUAUCUUGUGUAUAGACUUGGUUUAUGUGCCAUAUCAUUGUAUAUUUCUGAUUCGAGAUCUCUAUAGUUGAGCUCUCCCGA